CAAUUCGGUCUCAGUCAGACCAGGUCAGAGGUAUCUGCACCGGGGGAGUGGUGAGGAGCUGCUUGGAGUGGAUAGUUAUUGAAGACCAAAGAGAAUCACAGACACACAUUUAUUAGCAAGACUUCCAAACAAACAUCCCAUCAAUACCUGAGAGAUCAUCAGGUCUUGAAACCAUUGGAUUUUCAAUGUUCUGUCUAGAAAAAUGAUUUCCAACAUCAGUGUGAUUGGAAAUGCAUGAAGACCCAUCCACCAAAGCGAGUUUUCCAGUGGACUAACUAUUGAGAGAGCUCUAGCCAGUUACACAGCCUGAAUAACAUCACCCUAUUCACAUUGGGGAGAAACUGUAUCGUUGUCCUGUGUAUGGGCGAGGAGUCAGCUGAUCAUCCCAUAUGGCGAGAUAUGAGGAAACCUGCACCACAGAGAAACCAUGGAAAUGUGAGGACUGUGGGAAAGGAUUUAAAUACCCAUACCAGCUGGAAACCCAUCGACGCAGUCACACUGGGGAGAGGCCGUAUUCCUGCUCUGUGUGUGGGAAGGGAUGCAAUUGGUUAUCUGACCUUCUGAAACAUGAACGCACGCACACUGGAGAGAGGCCGUUUAUCUGUUCUGUGUGUGGAAAGGGAUUCAGUGACUCAUCCAACCUUCAAAAACAUCAGCAAAUUCACACUGGGGAGAGGCCAUUCAUCUGCUCUGAAUGUGGGAAGGGAUACAUUACGUCACCCCACCUGCUGAAACACCUGCGAAUUCACACCGGGGAGAGGCCGUUCAUCUGCCCCGAGUGUGGGAAAGCGUUCAGUGACUCAUCCAACCUGCUGAUACACCGGCGGGUUCACACUGGGGAGAGGCCAUUCAUCUGUCCCGAAUGUGGGAAGGGAUUCACUACAUCAGCACAUCUGCUGAAACACCAGCGAAUUCACACAGGAGAGAGGCCUUUCACCUGCCCCAAGUGUGGGAAAAGUUUCAUUCAGUCAUCUCAUUUGCUGACGCACCAACGAGUUCACACCGGGGAGAGGCCAUUCUCCUGCUCUGAGUGUGGCAAGACAUUCUCUCGGCUGUCCCGUCUUAAGGCACACCAACCGGUUCACACUGAUGAGAAACCUUUCAGAUGCUCCCACUGUGAGAAGAGCUUUAAAAACAAACGUGAAGUACUGACACACCAACGCAUUCACAUUGGAGAGAGGCCAUUCUCCUGCACCAUGUGUGGGAAACAAUUUGUCCAUUCAAAAAACCUUCUGCGACACCAACGAGUCCACACUGGUGAGAUGUUGUUACCUGCUCCCACUGUGGAAAAGGAUUUACUCUGUCACCCCAGCGAGUGACACCAGCGAGUUCACCAGUGACUGCAGGACAGGCGUCUGUUGUUCUUAAUAAAACUUUUCCUCAUGUCACCCGUGCAUCUCUUUCCCAAAAUCUUAACUCCAGCUCCCCUCUUCCUUGGACCGUUGCAUGAUAGAAAUCAUGUUUUGUUUCUCUAACUCAAGUAACCUUCAUAUUUGAGAUACUGAAGCAUGGUGACCAGAACUGGACUCUACUUCUGUUCUAAAGCCAGGUUUUGAAAGGUCAGCACUUUUUUCCCUGUUUUUCUCCUCAAUAUCUUGAUUUAUGAAGUUCAGGGUUCCAAGUGUUUUUUCUCACUGCUGUCUCAAUAAGCCCUGUUAUCUGCAUUGUGCCUGAACUCUUAACAAGAAGCUCUGGUUUCAAGACCCACCUGCUAUCAAGUUGUGUCAGAGCAGAUUGAUUUUUCAAAAUUCCUUAACUGAUGAUUGAGCCACGUCCAUUGGGGUUUGUCUCUGUUGAAGGUCUAUUCUCCUACAGGACUGUGCGACCGAUGUGAUAGGGAAUUGAUUCAGUCCUGUGGAGGAAUGGAUGAUAGAUGUGUUGCGAAAUUGAUCCAUCCUGCUGGAGGACCAGGAAGAAGCUGCAGUGGAACAGAGUAGUAUUUGGUGCUUGUGAUGUCACAUGCGGAGGCCAGCAGAGGAUGGAUUUAAACACCGGCGGGGGGAGGAACAGAGACAGACUGACUGUGACCAUGACUGAUUCAUCACAGCUUAUUUCAUUCAGAGUGUAUCCCAUUUCAGACACAGCUGGGCAUGCGCACACACACGCACAAAACUAGAUUCAAAGACACAGAUGGAAAUGCACACACAGACAGGCAAACACAGCUGCACUUAAACUUCCCUAUCGGUACACUGUGUCCAAUUGCAGACCGAGCUGGUCACACUGAUGCAAAUAGACACAGACAGACAUACAGAUACAGAGACACAUGGUCACAGACUCACGCAUAUCUAGACAUACAGACACUCACUAACAUAUCCAUAUAGAAAUACACACCAACAAAAUGUCCCUUGGUAUAUAUCAUCAGGGUUGAUUUGUUGAAUAAACUCAGGUUUAUUUGUACAAUAAACUUGUUGAUUUGUAUUGUUAGUCUGCGUAAUCACCUUGUUUGUGAAAUGGACUGAUUCAUUUAUAGAAAUCUCAGAAAAGCAUUUAAAGUAAACUUGCUGGCUUGUUCAUUUCAGUCCCACUUACAUUUUGCAUUGAUCUGUGUGAAAAUCCUGUGCUCCCAAUAUUGUGAAAUAAAGUU